UUCUAACUAUAAUUAGCAUUAAAACAGUCUUACGUCAACAUAGCGAUUUGUCUGAAUAAUGUUUUUUGUGAUCGUUUAAUUUGUUAUAUUAUUCAGGAAGUUUUAUAUCAAAAUGGUUUAUGACUACUUCGACAAGUACACAUUCCUGUGCGAAAUGUAUGAUGAAGAUGCUGACGAGAUAAGAGAGUUAUGUUUAAAUUUCUUUCCUUUCGACAAUUCAAUUCAAGUUAUAGACGCAAAGAAGGGAAAGAAUUUGGUGAAAAGAGUUCAACUGCCGACAUUGAAGGUUGAAAUGUUACAAGUGGGAAACAUCGUUAAUAUUUUUUCAAAACUAUUACAUAUUGUAGACUGUGCUCCCGCUACACAUAAAAAGUUAUUUCAUAAUGUUCAAAGUACAUUCGCAUUAAUUAAACCAGUGCCAGCAAGUCUGCAUGGAAAAAUUAUAACAUUCAUUAUGAAGAAUGGUUUCCGGAUUGUGCGCAUGAAGAAUGGGAAAAUAAGCAAAGAUUUUGCUAUGGAGAUGUAUCAACAUCUUGCGGGAAGCAACAUGUUGCCAAUCAUCAUAGAUUACAUAACGACGGGUGAAGUUAUCGGAUUAGAGUUAGUUGCACCCAAUGCUGUGACAAAAUGGAAAGAAUGUUUAGGUGAUACCGAUCCGCUUACCGCAAAACCCGGCACAUUGCGGAGACUCUACGGUGAAAAUAAAGUUAAAAAUAUAGCUCACGGCUGUUCGUCUGUGCAGGAGGCAGUGAAUAUGCUCGAUUUGUUCUUUGGUUACGAAAAUGGAUUACCCAGAAUUCAAUUUCGAGCGACGGUAAAGGACUGCACCUGUUGCAUUAUAAAACCUCACGUUAUUAUUGAUGGCAAUGUUGGCGCCAUAUUGGAAAGGAUCGCAGUAUCCAAAACAUUCUACAUUUCAGCAAUAGCAAUGUUUUCGGUUAAAUUACAAAAUGCACAGGAAUUUUUUGAAGUGUAUAAAGGCGUUUUACCUGAAUAUGAGGCAACAUGUAUUCAUCUGGCUGAAGGCAAGUGCGUGGCCUUAGAAGUUAAAUGCAAUGAUCCGAAAUUAAACUGUGUUUGCGAAUUUAGGAAAUUAUGCGGCCCAAGGGACCCUGAGCUGUGUCGUCAAUUAUAUCCGGAUUCCCUAAGAGCACUCUAUGGUAAAAACAUUGUGCACAAUGCGGUACAUUGUACCGAUCUCCCUGAAGACGGAGAACAAGAAGUUGAAUACUUUUUUAAAUUAUUAGCCAACAGUUGAUUUUAUAAUGUUAUGUA